AUGUGCUCAUUCACCGUUCAUCCGGUCGUGCUGCAGCUGUUCCUGCUGCUCCUCUUAGCCUCUCCCGCCACUGCAUGCACCGAACAGGAGAAGCGCAACCUCCUCCAGUUCCUUGCCGGACUGUCGCGUGAUGGUGGCAUCGCCACGUCCUGGCACAACAGCGGCACAGACUGCUGCGAGUGGGAAGGCAUCUCCUGCAAUGGAGAUGGGGCCGUCACUGGGGUCUCCCUGGAGUCCAAAGGACUUGAAGGGCCCAUCUCACCGUUCCUCGCCAACCUCACCAGCCUGCUGCGUGUUAACCUCUCGCACAACUCAUUCUCCGGUGGUCUACCAGCGGAGCUCGUGUUCUCUGGAAGCAUCAUCGUCCUCGAUGUCAGCUUCAGUCGGCUCAACGGACCGCUGCCUGAGUUUCCGUCCUUGGUUACCACCAACCGGCCUCUGCAGGUACUCAACAUCUCAAGCAACCAGUUCAGCUCGCAAUUUCCAUCAGCCACAUGGAAGGUGAUGAACAGUCUGAUCGCGCUCAACGCCAGCAAUAACAGCUUCACUGGGAACAUACCACCUUCUCUCUGCCUUGGGUCGCCAUAUUUAGCUUUGCUUGACCUCUGUUACAACCAAUUGAGUGGUGACAUACCAAACACGUUGGGUAAUUGUUCCAAGCUCAAAGUGCUCAAGGCUGGCAACAACAACCUAAGUGGGAUUCUCCCUGUUGAUACCUUCUGCGCUACCUCGCUGGAGUACCUCUCCUUCCCCAACAAUGGUUUACAAGGAGAACUUGAUGGAGCACAUAUAGUCAAACUCAGUAAUCUAGCUACUCUUGACCUUGAAGGGAAUCACUUCAGUGGCAAGAUUCCACAGUCGAUAGGUCUGCUCAAGAGGCUGGAGGAGCUGCAUUUUGGUAGCAAUGACAUGUCUGGGGAGUUGCCAUCAACACUGGGCAACUGUACAAAUCUCAAAAUCAUUGAUCUGAAGUUCAACAACUUCAGUGGAGAUCUGGGGAAGGUAAACUUCGCUGCCCUACAGAAUCUAAAAAGUUUAGAUCUCCUGAGGAACAAUCUCAGUGGUAUAAUUCCAGAAAGCAUUUACUCAUGCAGCAAUUUGACAGCACUGCGGCUGUCAGAGAACCAUUUCCGUGGUGAAAUCUCAUCAAGAAUUGGCAAUCUGAAGCACCUGUCCUUCCUAUCAAUUAGUAGAAACUCCUUUACAAAUAUCACAAAAGUUUUGCAUGCCCUUAAGAGCUGCAGGAAUAUCAGCGCCUUGGUUAUUGGCACAAACUUCAUGAAUGAGGCCAUGCCACAAGAUGAAACCAUUGAUGGUUUUCAGAAUCUUCAACUUCUUACCAUGGACUGGUGUUCGUUGACUGGAAGGGUACCUAUUUGGUUAUCAAAGCUCACAAAUCUGAAGAUACUACAAUUACAAAGUAAUCGACUCACUGGAACGAUGCCAAGCUGGAUCAACUCACUAAAUUACCUCUUCAGUCUGGAUGUAUCAAACAACAGCCUUACUGGGACAAUCCCAAUCACCUUGAUGGAGAUGCCAAUGCUAAAAUCAGACAAUGCUGCCAUAUAUUUGGACCCAAACCUCGUUGAUCUACCAAUUUUUUAUGUGUACCCAUCAUUUCAGUACCGCAUGGGCAGUGAUUGGCCAAAAGUGCUGAAACUCGGUAAGAAUAAACUCACCGGUACAAUCCCCCAAGAGAUUGGUCAUCUGAAAGCACUCCUUUGCCUGGACUUGAGUUUCAACAACUUUUAUGGAGAGAUACCACAAUCAGUCUGCAACCUGACGAACCUGCAGAUCCUAGAUUUGUCUAAUAACCAUCUGACUGGUGAAAUUCCUGCGGCAUUUGAGACCCUUCACUUCCUUUCUGAGUUCAACAUGUCUAACAACGACCUAGGAGGACCUAUUCCAACAACAGGCCAGCUGAGCACGUUUCCAACUUCUAGUUUUGACGGGAACCCGAAGCUGUGCGGCUCUCUGCUUAUUAGGGAUUGCAGUUCGGCUGAAGAAGCUCCCAUGUACAUCAUCUCUGCAAGAGAAUACAGCAUGAAGGUCAUCUUUGCGAUAUCGUUUGGUCUUUUCUUUGGGGUAGGGGUGCUAUAUGACCAGUUAAUAUUAUUCAGAUAUUUUGGGUAA